AUGGUGGUGGAGUUCGGGAACCAGCUGGAGGGCAAGCUGGCGCUGCUGGGAACCCUGGUCCAGGAGCUGGGGCGGGUGCAGCGGCGCCUGGAGAACAUGGAGAACCUCCUCAAGAACAAGAAUUUCUGGAUCCUGCAGCUGCCCCCCGGGGGAGAGGUCCCCAAGGUCCCGACGUCUGAAGGCGAGGCCACUUGCUUCUCUGCUCACAAGCGGGAGAACCUGGAGGAAUGGCAGAGGGAGCUGUACAGAAACGUGCUGAGGGCGAAGAACGAACCUCUGAUCUCUCUGGACGAUGCGAUCGCCAAACCCGACCUCCUGUCCUGGCUGCAGAGAGGAGAAUCGCCCGGCAGUGGGGACAAGGUGGCUUCGGGAGAGGUUCCAGCAGAGCCUAGUGCAGCAGACUGCGGCGUUGCGGAGCCGAGCUUUGCGGGCGCUGUGAAGCAAGAAGAGCUGUGUGCGGAGGAGCCGGGAGCCACGGAGAAUGCGGAGUUUACCAAGCUCAGCGUGGUUCCAGCAGACGAGGUGAUAACAUUCAAAAUAAAGCAGCCGGACUCUGAGGAAUGCCCCCACAGCUCUGAGCCCCCCACGGCUUUAUCCAGGGUGUCGGAGGAGCUGGUUUUCCAGGGUCCUGGUGCGGCACAGCCCUUCGAUGGUCAGUACAGCUCUCCCGUGCAGCAGGGAGACCAGAGUGUGAGCACGCUGGUGCCUUCCGCUGCCGGGGAAGAGGGUCUUGGUGAAAGCAACGCUGUCACGUUCUACGGGCAAAACUGUCCCAAAGAGAGACCUCACUCAUGUGCGGGGUACAGGAAGGGCGUCUGUCUAAUGCUGACGGCUCAGCAGCAGAGCCACGGAACGCAGUGCAGCAGGGAGCACGAUGGAAACAAGGGCUUCCUCCAUCAGCAGCACCGGCAGAGCCACGGGAAAGACAGGAUGCACAUAGAAGAUGGGACCUGUGUGGCCACGGAGAGGUUCAGGCAGAACUGGAAUGCCAUGGACAAGGCGGUUGGCAAUCCAAGGUGCGUGAGGAGCGUCAACGCCAACAGCAGCUACAAGCCAGGUCAGAAGAGCCACCCACGGGGGAGGCUGUACAGGUGCGACAAGUGCCAGGAGUGCUUCUCCCAAAAGAGAACCCUCGUGAUCCACCAGCGUACGCACUCGGGCCGGAGCAGAGGGGUCCUUUGGUGCAUGUACUGUGGGAAGACCUUCAGCCAGCCCUCCAAUCUCAUCCGGCAUCAGAGGAUCCACACGGGAGAGAGGCCGUACCAAUGCAACGAGUGCCCGAAGCGCUUCACCCAGAAGCAUCACGUCCUCCAGCACCAGAAGAUCCACCUGCGCGAGAGGACCUGUGCAGACACGCAGGGUGCAAGGAAGGCGCCACUCCACGGCGUCUGA